UGAAGCCGGCUUCUCUGUACUUACAGCUCUCUUAAUUAAAUUCAUCAAGGUAUAUAGUGUCAAGUUGAUUGUGAAAUCGAAUCUAAAUCCACCCUAAUUUGAUAUAGCUCGUCGCGGCACUUUGUUACGUACUUAUUCUAAGUUCAAUUGAGGGUUAAAGUGAACAGAUGGUCAUUCAGUUGUUCCAGUACAUAAAAACAGUUACCGUUCGGUGAACACCUGUGUCUCUUACACUGCCACCCCUGCCGGUCGCCACUUUAACACUUCAACAACACACGCUGGUUCAUUGAAACGUAUUAUUCGUGUCUUUCCGAACUCACAGUUAAGUCAGCGCCUGGCCUGUUAUACGUUGUCAGCGGCAACCGUCGUCCGAUACAUAACGCGGUGGACCCAACUCCAGGUCUAAGUUAAUACAAACGAAGUGUUUACGUAAUUAAGAUAUUAAAUUGAAGAUAAUCAUAUAAUGCUUUAUAGAUAACUUAUUAUGUCAAGUGAUAUAAAGGAACAUGUAAAUUAUGUGUUGGAUGAAACAUGUUCAGAUUGGAAAAAUCUCUAUAGUUCAAAACUUUGGUCAAAUAGUGAACUACGAAAAGAAAUACUUAGCACACCAUUUGUUGAGAAUAAAGCGAUAAAGUACUGUUACACGUGUAGAGGUAAAAUAAGAAAUUACGAAAUAAAAUCACCAAAUAAUAACUUCAUACCUCACUAUCAUUCGACGCCAAAGGGAAAUGUUUUAUUUGAAGAAGUACAGGACAAAAAAGCAGUUUGCCGUAACGCUUGGCAAAAAACGGUCAACUUAAAUGGUAGUUAUAUUGAAAAUAUAAAUUCAGAAGAUAAAGAUAUCCCUUCCGUAUCCAAGCAGGUGGAUGAAAAUAUAAGAGAGUCCUUUAGAAGUGAAACAUAUUAUUCAACCAAUAGAGAGGGGCGUAGGCUGAGAAAAAGUCUAAAAGGAAUUGGAUGUAUAGUUAAUUUCGCCUUAAGCGAAAGCCCAAAGAAACAGCGAACUCAAAUUAAAGCUUGCUCAAUAAGUGUAAUGAUUUUAGCUAUUGUAAUUAUAAGUUUAAUAUUAGUUAAUAUAUCAACUCCAACUUUGUUACAUUCAGUAAAUAAUACUAGUACAACAGUAGUGCCAAUAAUAAAUACAGAAACGGAUGAUAAUUCAACAAUUGACUUAAGCACUUAUUCAGAUUUACCAUAUUCAAUAACAACUGAGAUCAGUGAAAUUUCAACGACUGAAAGUUUAUUUACAACGACGGUUCACUCUGUGCGAAAUAAUUUCAUUGAAAAGAUUCGUAAAAAUAUUAAAACGUUUAAAAUUAAAACGAAUCACAGUGAGACGUCAAAAGAAACUAUAAAUAGGGAUCUAUUUCAAAAAUUCUGUUCGUGCCAAAAAGAUGAAGUGUGCAUGCUUGACGAAGAUAAUGGAAGAGCUAAAUGCAGAGUCGCAGCAGACGUAGAAGAUCCAACAGGAUGCGGUGGUCUGUGUGAGUUGGAGACUGAAGCGUGUCAAUUAGUGGACAGGUUGCGAGGAGUUCGCGUGUGUCGCCUUAUUACGAUGGCAACGUGUUCCCCCUCAGACUGGCGCUGUCGGAACGGACUGUGCGUUCCCUUCAGCAGCCGGUGUGAUGGUUCAGUGCAGUGCUACGAUCGCUCGGAUGAGAUGCACUGUGAUUGUGAUUUAACGAAACAGUUCCGAUGUGGGCAUUCAUUAUCCUGUUUCCCAAAUGAAAAGCUAUGUGACGGUGUCAUUGACUGCUGGGACGGUCUUGACGAAACCAAUUGUACAACAACGGACUGCCCAAAAGAUCAGUUUCCAUGUAACGACGGCCAGUGUAUAGCAUCGUCAAGGUUCUGCGACGGCUACGCAGACUGCAGCGACGGUAGUGACGAGCCGCAAGGUUGCGACAGUGCCUGCAGCACUCACGAGCUGCGUUGCGGGAAUCAACGCUGCGUCCCGCUCGCUUCGCAUUGUGACGGCCACGACGACUGCGGAGACAACACCGACGAGCAACACUGCUCGUGAUACACAUACUGAUGCCAAUUAUAUUAAUGAUUCACUCAAACAUCACAUUCAAUCGUUUCUACAUUUAAUAUUUUGUAAUUCCAACAAAUAAAACGACUUAUUUAUUUUUGACAUGUA